AUGGCGAAGAAGAUAAAACCCGAACGAACACCAUCGUCAUCAAACAAUGAGGAACCCGGGGCACGUGGUAACAAAGAAGAUGUUAACGCUGGAGAUAUGUGGCUGCGCAACCAGUUGUUGCAACCAACACAAAGAAUGGCAGCUGACUGGCAUCCUUGCCCGGAACUCAAUGAUCGACGAGAAACCGGAGCAGAAGGCGUCAAACUUCAAACCGUGAGAUAA